GAUGUCAAUGCCUUUUGUUCUUAGUGCCAAUCGCUAGACUUGGUCCGUCAUUUAUAACAAUAAAACUCACAUAUCAAGUUACAGUUCCUCCCAUUGCCUUUUCUUUUCACCACCCGGUUUGCCAAAAAGUUGAAGAUGUCACAGGAAGAUGACUUGUCGCUAUCCAAGCUGGAGUCAGCAUGCUCGGGCUUGAUAUCUGUCCUUCAGGCCGCGAUCAAGAUGGAAGAUAGCUUAGAAAAGAUGGAUAAAAGGUUUGCUCUUAUUGAUGAACGUCUUUCGACCACUUCAAAAAGAGUAGCUCCUUUGCACUCUUUAGCUGUCGCUGCCAAAGCUCUGGAAACGAGAAUCAACAGAGCUGUCUCUUCUGCUCUUGUUCUUCUUGAUACUUUCAGGACUUCUCAGUCUCUUCAAACCAAGAUUCUUGAAGUUUCCUCUAAAUUAUCCGCUGGGGAAAAGCCAAAGAAAAGGCUUAAGCUCUUGCUUAAGUACGUCGAUUGUGUAGAUAAGCUAAAUGCAGCUAUAAACACUAUUAGUCAAGAUGGUGAGCCAGUGAUUCAGAAGCUACAAGAAGUGGUGGAGUUCCUGAGCAGGACUAAAGCCACCGAUCAGUAUAGGGCGCGCAGGUUGAGAGAGACUCUUGUUACUCUCAAGUCUCUUUAUGAGACUGAGGUUGAUGCUAUGAAAUUUGAUGGAUUGCUUGAUGAGGCUUUACUCAUUUUGCAAGAUCAGUAUGAGGGUAUUUUGCAGCAAUUAAACCACCGAAAUAUUGGCGAGUCGGUCGGGGAUGAUGAAGAUGAUGAUGAUGGAAAGGCUGAUAAUUCUCAUCUGGGUUCGGGGAUGGAGAUUGUAAUUCUUAGACGUAUUUCAGAAACAUUGGCUUCUAAUGAUUGUUUGGAUAUAUGCAUUGAUAUUUUCGUCAAGGUGAGAUAUAGAAGAGCGGCCAAAACAUUAAUGCGGCUGAACCCAGAUUAUUUGAGAACAUACAAUCCUGAAGAAAUCGAUGAAAUGGAGUGGGAGAAUUUAGAGACAGCAAUAACCUUCUGGAUCCAACACUUUGAACUUGCAGUCAGGAUAGUUUUUCUCUCAGAAAAGAAACUUAGCAAUCAAAUUCUCGGAGGGAUAAUGGACGGAGUUGUCUGGCUAGAAUGCUUUGUCAAGAUUGCGGACAAAAUCAUGGCAGUCUUCUUCCGAUUCGGAGAAGGCGUAGCAAGAAGUAACAAAGAGCCCCAAAAGCUAUUCAAGCUCCUUGACAUGUUCGAUUCUUUAGAGAAGCUUAAAAAAGAAUUCUCAGAAAUCUUUGAAGGUGAAGCUGGAGCUGGUAUAUGCACAAGAUUCAGAGAGCUGGAAAAGCUUCUAGUCCAUGCAUCAACUAAAGUCUUUUGGGAGUUUGGUCUCCAAAUUGAAGGCAAUUCAGAUGGUUUACCACCACCACAAGAUGGUUCAGUACCAAAACUGGUAAGGUACGCAAUUAAUUACCUCAAAUACUUGGCCACCAAAAGUUACAGUGCACCAAUGGCCAAAGUUCUUCGCACAGAACAGAUAUGGAAAGCUGGCAACCUCUCAAAACCCGAAACUGACGAGAACCUGCUCAAUGAUGCCAUUACCAACAUAAUGGAAGCACUUAAAAGAAACGUUGAAUCGAAAAGAUCGCGUUACACGGACAAGGUUCUGCCUCAUGUAUUUGCCAUGAAUACAUAUUGGUAUAUUUAUAUGAGAACAAGAAACACUGAGCUUGGAACGCUAUUAGGGGAGCAGUACAUAAAACAGAAGUACAAAGUUGUAGCUGAGGAAUCAGCUUACAUGUAUCAAAGACAGGCUUGGGGACCUAUUGUAAGAUUACUUGAAAAGGAUCGAGAUAUAAAAAGACAAGGCAGUAUGCAUGAUAAUUAUGAGGUGAUCAGUAAUGUGGCUUUGGUGAGAGGUAAAAUGGAGUCUUUUCUCAAGGGUUUUGAUGAUAUUUCACAGAGGCAUAAUAAUUAUGCUAUACCAGAUGCUGAUUUGAGAGAGCAGAUUGGAGAAGCGACUGUGAAGUUAGUGGUUCCUGCUUAUGCUAAGUUCUUGGAAUUGUAUGGAAGUUUGUUGGAAUUUGAAGGUGUGGAAUGCCUUGGUCCUGAAUCCAUCAAAGAAUUGUUGGCCAAUAUUUUCAGCGGUAGGGAUCGAGUUGGUGAUAGGAAGUUGAAGCGCCGUGACCGGACACUUGGACUUGGAGGAUCCUCAAUGUCCGUUGAUGGUGAGACCAAGGAUUUUCGACGGUCCAUAUCAAAUACUAGCGAUUUGUAGAAGUUCUUCCCCGCCUUUUUAUUUUUGAGAGACCCCUUCUUAUUUCUUUCCACCAUAUUUUAUAUUUUCUGGUUAAAGAAAAGUACAUAUAUAAUUCCAUAUUUAGAGAGAGUGCAGUGUCUUGGACUUAACCUUUAAGUAAUGGUAAUAUGAUUAUUAUUACUGUCUGA